AUGAUUAGACUGCUUCAACGAGGAAUCACCACCAGUACCUUGAGAGCUACCAGAAGGGUGCACACAUCGCCACCAGCCUUGCUCCCACGCAACCGAACUCGAGUCACCAAGGAAAUAUCCGAAGAGGAGGUGCUACAGUUCCGGAGACAGCAGCAGCAGCAGAGGUACCAGCAGCAAGACUUCCCGUACCAGACACAUCCGUCGUCCAACUACUCGCAAUUCCAGGGGUCGCCUGCUUCAGACCACACUGUGUUCAGCAUGCCUCCCAACAGGAACGGGUUGAUCACGCCAGAAGACGGCAUCUAUGAGCUCCUCAAAGAACCCACCUUGGUCAUCGAGAGGCAGAUCGAGUUCAUGAACGUGUUUCUUGGGUUUGAACAGGCUAACAGAUACAAGAUCAUGAACUCGCUUGGAGAGCAGAUAGGGUAUAUGGAGGAAAAGGACUUGGGACUCUUCAAGAUGUUGGGAAGACAGUUCUUCAGAUUGCACCGUCCGUUCGACAUCGACGUGUUCAACAACUACGGCGACUUGUUGCUCACCAUCAAGAGACCGUUCUCCUUCAUCAACUCACACAUCAAGUGCUACUUGCCAGGGUACGACGAGCAGAACCAGAUCAUCCACGAGCAAUUGGGUGAGUCCAUCCAGAGCUGGCAUUUGUGGAGAAGAAGAUAUAACUUGUUUAAGCUCGAGGAUGAGGAAACAGGCGACUACGAGCAGUACGGUAAGAUAGAUGCCCCAUUCUUGUCAUUCGACUUCCCCGUGAAAAACCAGGAUGGCGCCGUUAUCGGAUCGGUCGAUAGGAACUGGGUGGGUUUGGGAAGAGAAAUGUUCACCGACACUGGUGUCUACAUCAUUAGAAUGGAUCCAGCAUCUUUCGAGGGCAUGGGAGACUUGUAUCCCUCGGUAGCUGGCCCAUUGACUCUCGACCAGCGAGCCAUCUUGUUGGGAAAUGCCGUCAGUAUUGAUUUCGACUAUUUCUCCAGACACAGCAGGGGCCACGGUGGGGGAUUAUUUAGCUUUGGUAGCUAUGAGUAG